CGGGAGAAAGCCACACGAGAGACCGGCAAGCGGAAUAACUGCUUAUAGAGUAUCGUGUAGAACUCAGUGUAGGAGAAUGCUCGCCAAGAAGACCUAAUCACAGGGGAACGGUACUUACAAAUGCAGAACGUCUCCUGCGACUAGGAGUAAGCGUAAUGACUUGGCGACUACAACGUCGACAGCGCAUAUCUACAUGCUGAACAGUGCGCUCAUCACAGCAUACAAGUUCAGGCUCGUGCUUGCCAGCAUCCCCGUCGUCCUCCAGGUUACAUACCUCGCUUAUCCAGCUCUCCGUCAGCGAGCGUCGCGUCGCCCAAGACACGACGAAUCGCCGUUAGCGGACCCCUUUCAAAGGCGAGAGGCGAAAAAGCAAAGACCUACGCCAACAAACAUUUCACACGCAUUGAGAUGCCGCCGGGGACUAGACUGCGAGAUGUGUAAGAGUCGACGCCACAGAGCUAUCUGUUAAAUCCGAGGUUACGGGACGGAGGGACAGGUGAGGUGGGGCUUGGUGUCGAGCGCGCACGUUCUCAUAUCCGCUGAAGGGCCUGAGUGAGGCCGACAAAACGCAAGGAUGGAUGUUUGAAUGCGCGAGACAGCAAGCUGCUUCAGGCAGGAUCGCCAGUGUGUCGAUGAAGGUGCCUUGGCGAUAGUGGUGUCAGUUGCUCGGUAUCGGCUGGGAUCUCACCCCCUCGGCGUCCAUUUGGAGUAGUGUGCCCCUCGGUGUGAUGUGGCCGUCCACAUGUCUGUCCCAGCCGUGCGGUAACGACAGAUCCAGAGGGCUGUCAAGGACCUGGGUUAGAGAAGACAAAGAAGCAAUUACCAGGAAAGUAGGAAACGGUUGAGAUUGGAUGGGGAGCUGCGUUCGUCAAAGCCACCUCUUGCUGCUGUUGGCGAGCUGAUGGAGUGGUGGCUGGAACGGGAUGAACCGAAGUAAAUGUGGGCCCAUUCUGAAACCGGGCAUUGUUCUGAACAGGUGCAGCGCGAGAUCGCCUGCUGUGGCCGCGAAUCGUCGUGAUCUGGAGUUUGUGAUCGAAAUGCACCGCAGGCCGGACGGCUCGAGUGGCGCGCAGCGAUGUUCUGUGCGUGGCUGCGAUGAUGGGUGCAAGUCAAGCAAUCUCCGUCUGCUCGCAGCUCAGAGUUGCACGACCGCC